CAAACAUGAGCAUCAACGACGUCCCACCAAACGCAGAACAACAUCCACAAACCCUCGCCGUCGACGUAACCCUCGUACGCCUUCCUCAUCUAACCGAUUACCUUCCCCACCUACAAACCCACACCACCCCUUUAGAACACAACAACUAUUACUCUCCUCCCGACGGGUUCUAUCUCUCCCACUCCGACGUCAUCCUUCGCCGGACCAUCUACGACCUCUCCACCAACGGUCUCUACUCCUCCCAUCACUCCGCCUACCACCGUGCUGGACCACGCAAACAGAUAUUCUACCAACCCCAAAACGUGCGAGCCGCCAUUGUUACUUGCGGAGGCCUCUGCCCUGGCCUCAACACCGUUAUCCGCGAGCUGGUUGUGGGAUUGUGGGAGCAAUAUGGAGUCCGGGAGAUUUUUGGAAUCAAGGCGGGUUAUCGUGGGUUUUAUUCGUCGGAUCCGGUUAGAAUUGAUGUCAAAAUGGUUCACAACUGGCAUAAGAGAGGGGGUACCGUACUUGAGACCUCCAGAGGUGGUUUUGAUCUUCACAAGAUCGUCAAUGCCAUUGAAGAUCGUGGAUAUAAUCAGGUGUACAUCAUUGGGGGAGAUGGUACUCUCCGGGGAGCUGUUAAAAUAUUCAAUGAAAUCCAUCGUCGUAAAUUGAAUGUUGGUGUUGCCGCAAUUCCCAAAACAGUAGAUAACGAUGUCGGAAUCAUCGAUAGGUCAUUCGGGUUUCAGACAGCUGUUGAGAAAGCCCAGCAAGCCAUCAGUGCAGCUCAUGUGGAGGCCGAGAGUGCACCCAAUGGCAUCGGCCUUGUUAAACUCAUGGGUCGAAGCACUGGCCACAUUGCUCUUAAUGCAACCCUAAGCAGUCGCGAUGUGGACUGUUGUUUGAUACCCGAAAACGAAUUUUACCUGGAGGGCAAAGGUGGUCUCUUUGAGUUUCUUGAUGAGCGUUUGAAAGAAAACGGUCACGCUGUUGUCGUGGUGGCAGAAGGAGCUGGACAAGACAUGAUACCGAGAACCGAUGCCCAGAAACAGGAGGAGGAUGAAUCUGGGAAUCCAGUGUUUUUAGACGUAGGGGUGUGGUUGAAAUCGGAGUUGAAGCGGUGGUGGGAGAGGGAUCAUGAAGGUGAGUUGUUUACGGUCAAGUUCAUCGAUCCGACAUACAUGAUUCGUGCUGUUACAGCCAAUGCUACAGAUAAUUUAUAUUGUACGUUGUUGGCGCACUCGGCCGUUCAUGGAAUCAUGGCGGGGUACACGGGGUUUGUAGCUGGUCCGAUUAACGGAAACUAUGCAUACAUUCCCAUGGAUGAGAUUGCUGAGACCAAAAAUGAAGUGGACACCAAAGAUCACAACUGGGCAUGGGUGAGAUCUGUGACGAUGCAGCCUGAUUUUCGGUCGUGAAGCUCUCAUUCUAGUUUGAUAAGAGCAUGAUAUGUAAUAGAAAAUGUGACGAAGGUGUUAUAAGUGCUUCCAUCAUUACAAUAAAUAUUCCAACACUUUGGUGAUAGUUUUACACAUUUGCAUAAACUUUAUUUUUUAUAUUAAAUAAUAU